CGCUCUCAAAAUAAACAAACUGAAAAAAAAAAAAAAAAGAUCCAGUCCCCGUAGAGUAGGCCAAAAUGAGGAAAUGAGGGGACGGAGAAGCCUGCACUAAGCCUGCUCUCCUGGCUGAUGCCCACCAAACUGGAGUUUGUGGCAAUUACAGAGCGAUUGCAUUCCAAAGCCUGGACGAGGCCUGGGUAAAAGUUCAGCUUAUUCCCUGCAAAGAAAAUACUUCAUCUUUGGCAUUUCAUAGUUUUGACCCAGAUCAGUCAGAGGCCACGGAGAGCUUGCAACGUCUAUAAAGCGUGCACAGCUUCCGAGGCCUGUAGCCGCAGAGAAGCCGAAGGGAGCCGGGGGCCUGCUGAGCUCGAGUUGAAGCCCUGCCUUUUCAAGUUUGCCGUGGCCCAGCCUUCCCGGGCCUCACAGGGUGGACGGAAGGAACCAGCACCUUCCCUCUGCUCCGAAGUUAUCUUUACCCCCUGAAAUCAAACACCACACGCAGCACCCUGUAAAACUGCUUCCUUGUAGGACUCGAGCGUGCUUGCUAAGUAAACAUCCUCCCAUGUUUUUAGAACUGAAUUCGUUUCUGCUUCCUGGUCAUCCCAUUCGGGUUUUUCUGUCGUAGGCACCACGCAGAAUCAGGUUAAUAGAAGGAAGAUCUAGCAUGGGGCAGAGGCACCUAAAAUGACUGUUUCAGUCCCAGUAAAACUGUGAGAAGAGUAACACGGUCGUGGGAAGAAAAAGCAAAGACUUAGAAGAAAAGCAAAGUGAAACAAAGCCUCCCCGAACUUAGUACUGUCCCAGUGCCGUUCGAGUCAAGAGUUGGGCCCUGCUGAGUCCCUGAAAUGGGGACCUUUCUCUGCAUGGACUCAAGCUCAGGUGUGCUGUGGUUGGAGAGUAUGGUUGGCCCUCCUCAGUAAAUUCCGCGGCUGUGUAUGGCCCUCCUCUGACCCUGACUUGCUCCUUGCUCUGUCUCUCAUGACUUAUUUGCCUCUCCUCUCUCACUUCCGCCCACCCGUGACAUCUCCAUCGCCAUGGCAGUGAGCAGCCACGUCAUUCACCAAGUUCAUGGGGUGAUGGGCCAACUCUUCGGAGCCCUACUUCCCUCUGGUUCUCCCUCCUGAAGCAGGAGGCUCCCUGGCAGAGCUCAGAGCCCUUUGUUUAUUUGAUCCUGGGCUCUUGGAUAAAUCAGGAAUGUCCUGACAUGAACUUAGGCAUGUUUUUCUUCCAUGGAAAAGGAAACUACAGCAAAUGGUAUUUAAGUAGGCAGAGGACCAUUCCGAGGGACUUGCUUUAGUGCCAUCAAGGCCACAUUCCUUUGGUCAUCAGACCAGUAGGUGACUUCUUUAUUGGCAUGCACUACCCUGGAGCCCAGAAGGUGUGAAUUUGAAGCACUUUCCCCCCUGCUGGGAGCCUGGCACAGAUGCUCUGGGCUUCUUUUAAGCCCAUGGAGUGCCAUGGUUGUCUUCCAAGUGGUCUUCUUUCUGCUGGGUGAAACCUUGGCCCCAAGUUGCCCGAAGAAGGCUGCUUGGGAAGCAGGGUGCAGGACAAGGUGGCCGCCUGGUCUUCCGUCCUCAAGUCCUCUUCCCAGAAGUCGCAAGGUUCUUGAUGUGAUACACCUUAUGAGUCAGCUAGCUACCCGAGGACCUGAGUAUAUUUCUCACUUCUGGUCAGGUCUAGGCCCAUAGAGCACAACUGGUCGUGGGAAACCUCUGUGGGUCUGCGUGCUUUCCACGUGGCGGUGUGGGAACCCAGCCUCCCUGGGUCUGUCUGGGUAGACAGGGUCUAGGGAGUUGGCUUCUAAGCUGUGCUGGAUACAUUUCUGGGUCUGGGGUCGGGAAAAUGUUGGAAGCUAUGUGCUUGGCUGCAGUGGAGACCUAUCGGGAUCCAAAAACAACCCCAGCCGGCCUUCAGAGUGUUGGUGGGAAAGCCCCAGCCCCGUGAGGGUUUCCAGGUGUGGGCAGGCCUCCCACCACCAUCACGGGGCAGCCGGGGGUGAGCCGGCACGUGCUCGUGCCCCUGGGCUGCCCACCCGGAGCAAAGAACCCGGCCGUUGGCCACUCCAGGUCCAGGCUUGGCCGCUGCUCUGUUUUGCUGCUUUCCAUGUUGUCAGAGGAUCUUCUUGGGAACAAAUGACUCAGCAACCUGAAUCUCUGGGACUGAGUGGCCUAAGUGCCUUUUGAGAAGUGAUUGGACAUUUCCACCGAGGCCCGAAAAUUCUGAGCCUGGAAAGAAUGGAGAUCCAGCCUGGUGUUACCCUGAACUCUUCGGGCUGCAGUUCAGUUAGGUUUCUCCCCCAGUCCUGCCCUGAUAGAAGGAUAGCAUCCGUGGGGUAAGCGGGCAAUGUUUUAAUUACGCUUUUUGUCUUUAGGAAAUUCCAGGGAGAAAAAGGUCCUGGUUUGUGGCCAGAAAAGCAGAAAACAACAAAAGUCAGCUACAGGUCAUUGUUCUGGACGUGUCUGUGGCACAAAGAGUUAAUAGGACAGUGGUGUCAGGGUGAAGACCAUUUUAUUCUCCUGUGUGGGAGAAGUUCACAGGGUUCAAGAAGAGAUGAGGCAACGUUUAGCAUGGGACGGCCCUGUCUGGGUUCCGGGUGCUGUCACUCAAAGAGUUAAGCUAGUCUGGUGGCUGGGAAGCCGGCAGGGAAGGCGUGAGCCUGCAGGGACCAGGCCCUCUAUGCCCCAGAGCAGUGAGGUGUGAGGGGUAAAAAAAAAAAAAAAAAAAAAAAAAAAAAAAAGGGCUCAAAAGUGUGGCCAGGGAGCAGAGUGUAGGCCCAACUUUUUUUUUUUUUUUUUUUUUUUUUGCCUUGUUUGACCAGCCUUGGCAUUGCCCUCCGGCUCUCCAGGGGAAGAGCUGCAGUUCUGCUCUUGCAACACAAGGAGCAGACUGGAGAAUUUAGAUCUGCGUCACAGAGCUCAGAGAGAGAGAGAGGGGAGAGAGAGAGAGAGAGAGCGAGAGAGAGAGAGAGAGAGAGCGCUCCGUCGAUAGGUCUGCUAGCAACAGCCGUGCUGCAGCAGAGAGAGAGAGAGAAAUCAAGAAACAAGUCAUAGCAACACCGGGCACCAGGUUCUGCCAGCUCACUUGCCAAGCGUUCAGAAAUCUGUCGGGGGCUAGAGGCCUCUGGGUAGCCCGGGCUAAGGAGAUGACACACAAGGUGCCACGUCAGGCUGUUCCACGGACCUUCUUUCAUUUACUGCUUUCCACAACCCUCCGAGGAGAGUCCCGUGACUGGUGCUGUCGAGCCACCGAUUUUCUGUGGUUCCGCGACCCCGACCGAGUGCUGACUGAUGUGACAGGUUCCGGUCUUGUCAGUGAAUCAUCGCCAAGCUGCUUAUUGGAACCCAGAUGCAGCAAGAAAAUGGGAUUUAACCCCUUCCCAGCCUCUCAGGUAAGUCAGGUGUGGGCUGACGCUUCCGGCCCCACCCCCCCCCACCCAGCCCCCUUCCCUUCUCAUGGAGACCGUUUUCCUUAGUCAGUGGGGAAUCCUCAAACGUCUCCAUUCACAAUCUCCCAAACAAUGCUCUCUUCUUUGCAUUCUCCUACUCCUGGCUUUUCUGUGAAUGGGGUUAGUAACCAGCAAGGACUUGGGGGAAGGGCCAGCCACAGUGAUCCGGCUGCCGGGAUGUGGGAGAUGGCAGGGACGCGUUUCUGGGUGUGGCAGUCAGCAGAGCAGUUGGGCCUCCCACAGUGACUGGCCGGGAACUCUCCUUGGCCCCCAACAUCCAGCAUGAGAUUCUGGGUUUGAGCCCGGUUGGGGGCAGGGAGUCUGCCUGGGACUUGGGUGUGCCCUUGCUUGUGUAUCCCAGUGGAUGUUCACUCUGACUCUGGACACCUUGGGGCUUGCGUCUGCAGCCGUAGCCUGGAGUUUAGACUAUGGGCUGGGCAGUAGACUUCAGGGCUCUUUCUCCACUUGCGUGUGUCAUGGGGCUUGUUUUGGGGCUUUUUUUGUUUGUUUUUUUGUUUUGAGUAAAUCACUCUCUUCCUCUAGGCUCUCAUUGCCUUCACCUUAAAAAAAAAAAAAAAAAAAAAAAAUUUCCUGGCCUGGUAAACCAUUGCAAAGCAUCUACAGGCUGUUGACGUACAAAUGUUUUUUCUCUGCCUUACUUGAUGCUGGUCACAGUAAUAGCAACGGUGAUUAAAAAUGAUGUUGGGACUGCAGAACUGGGGAGGCCUGUCGCAUUCUAGAGACAGUUCAGAAAGCAGACCGUAGUCGCUUGCCACGCUGCCUACCAGGAAAUCUCCUAUUGAAUGCAUUCCUGCAACGUUCUGGGCGAGCAGGGUCAGGUUGGAAUUAGCCGACAGCGGAUUUGUCUGGGGUCUCAAGAUAAAAGGGAUGGUCCCCGGUAAUUUUACCGCACACUUGGCUGAUAUCUGGAGGCACCUGUGGGAUCCCACCUCUGCUCUCCCCACCCCCUUCCCAUCACUGGCCAGGAAGGACCGGUGAAUUCUGCCCGUCAGUGUUUUAUCUUCUCUCCUCCCCAUCUGACCGGAGGCUGAGCUGGCUGUGAGCAGCCUGAGGUCCUCCCGGAGUGAGGAAUCCGAGGCUGUUGGGAAGAGACACCCGACUCUUCUCUUCCCUGAAGGAAUUUGACAAGUCUCAGCCCCUCCAGCAGUAACGUGGGGAGGGAUGGCUGGGGGUGUUGGACCUGGAACAUGAAUAAAGAGGAGAGAUCAGCUUUGGUGCAGCUGGGGAGACGAGGAGGAGCUGGCCAAGUCCCUCAAGAUGUGUCGGCUAGAGUCUGGCCAGUGCAGGCUGCCGGGCCGGAGCCAGAUGGAGCCGCUGGCCACGCUCAGGAGCCUCUGCCCCCAUAUGGUGUGGUGUGGUCCCGGGCCUGGCUCAGGGUGGCCACUGCUCCCAUUCACAGCCCUGCCCUGCCCUUGGCUGGACUGGGAAGAUCAGAGUGGGAAGCGGAGGGAAAGUUGAUUUUGCUCCUUGUGACGCAGUUGUCUGCGGGGCCUCUGGCGUUUCCAGACUUGGGGUGGGUGCUUCCCCGUUGAUUUUCCUCAUUUUGUUCGUCAUCUGCUUCCUUGCUCCCUGCUUACCGGGCUGGAUUCUGCUGCCAUGACACGGGCAUUACGUGUCCCCAGCCAAGCUAGCACCACAGUUGGCGUCCCCUGAGAGGGGGACCGGGCAUAUCUGGCACUCGGUUCUCAACCUUUGAACCCCUGCGCUCUGGGAGCCAGGAGGCAGAGUGGGGCCUCUCCAUCCGGGGUCCAGCAGAGGUUAACAGGGCUGGUGGUGCCGGAGCUGCGGUGGUGUGGCCUGGCCAGGAGGCGCUGGGGAGGGGCCCCGCCGGGGGACCUGAUUGGUCAGCACCUUCUCUGUUCCACUGAAUCCUGAGCCGGUCGGGGCCGUGAAUUGUUUAAUGCAUAUCUUGGCUCUGUCCCCUGGCACGAGGGCCUCCGAGGCUGCAGCCACAGCUUUAGCGAGGAUGUGUACCUCGUGCUGGUCACUGUUUUGGGCACGUUGCCUCCCUGUGAGAUAUGAAAGAGAUACUGCCCUUUCCACUAGCAGGCUGUCUGUGGGAGGCCCUCCUUUUGCGUUGCUUUUCUGGGCCUUGGAGUGUCUGUGAAGAAGGCCUGGGCUGGGUUUGAUUCCUUGCUGGCUCCUUUCACAGGAGGCUGCUCGUGAGCUGGUGAAGCCAGAGAAAACCUCCAGGCCCCAAGGCCCGUGCACAGCCUGAUGCGAUAGUGUCGGGCCUGGGCAGGAAGGAGCAGGGGCACGAGGAUGGAGCGAGGCACGCGGGGACGUGGUCGCGCAUCGUCUGACCACAGGAUCAGGGCAGCGGGGGUGGGGUGGGAGGAUGCGUCCGUCGUUCAACCAGCGGUGCCCGCUGCAGCCUGGAAUGGGCCUGUGUGUGCGUGGAGCCCAGGUCAGGGUCUGUAAUGAGGCGUGAGGCUAUGAGAUGGGCAUUGGGACUCUUGGUCCCGGCAGAGGGUCCCAGGAAAGGGAAACUGACUUUCGUUAAGCGUCUGCUUUGCUGGUCUGAUUUCAUCCUCAGAGCAACUGCAUGAAGUAGGUAUUACUUCCCUUCAACAGAUAAGGAAGCCGUGCGUAGUAAUUCACUGAACCAAGGUCACAUACUUGGCAGGUGGGAUUGUUGAGCUUUAAACCCCGGCACUUUGGAUUCCAAAGCCUGUGCUUUUUCUUCGCCCUCUUGGGUGGAAGUCAGACACCUUUGGGAGCUAAGACCAUCAGAGAUCAGGCAGCCGGGAGAUCUGACGGAAACCGGUGUGAAAGGCCAGGUGCCUGGGGGGGACGUGGCAGCCACUGGCCAUAGCCAUGCCAUAUCCCUUUCGGGGGGAGGGGGGCAAGGCAGAGGCAGCUAGUUUCUGGUGUCCCUGAACAGGCAGGGCUGAGCAUGGCAGAUACACCCACGCCACAAGUGUGCGCCCAGUCUCUGCUUCGUGGCGGGGUGUGUGCUAGGAGCUGGGGAUGCAGAACUCUACAAAACCAAGUUUCUGCUCUCCUGGGAUGUACUUUCUGGUGUAGGGAGAGGUCGUUCACGAUAAUAAAAAAGGAAUUAGGAACUAUAUAAAGUAUGCAGAUACACAAAGGGGGACACCCACCCAUAAGAAGCAGCGAUCCCAAUGUUGGUCGGGGAGGGAAUUUGAGAGACUGAAGGAUCUCGACCACCUGGGGAAGCCAUAUUGAUGGAGCCCCCAGAGUUCAAGUUGAUAGAGUUGCUAAUGCCUCUCUUUUCCUAAGAGCUGGAAGAACCACCCAAGGUCCCCAAAGCUUACAAGAACGUGCAGUGAGUCAGGGAUCAAGGUGGCAGUAGACGUCAAGCCGUUGGUCACCAGCAAACGAAGGUUUUUCCGUUAGCCAUGGCUGCUCUUGGCCUAAUGUCUCCCCCCCUCACCAGGUGGCAGCUGGCGCCUCUCUGCCUCGUCACGGUGCCCCUCUCUCGUCCACACCGACAGGGGAGCGCUCGGGUUAAGUCUUCGCCAAGUCACCAGUAAAAUAUGUGCCUGCAGGAGACAGAACUCAGCUCAGGCUCUCCUGGCAGAACCCGUGGUUCCAAGAUUAUCGCGAUAGGGACGGGUCAGGGGGCGGGAGAGGGAGGAGAAGUCACCUUGUGCCAGAUGCUUGGACAAGUUUUGUGUCCAAAAGAGGUUGAGGCAAGUUGGUGGCUGGAGAUGGGGGAGGGGAUGUCUCCAGCGUGUGCGGCUCCAGGGCUCAGGAGUUGUUUACAGGGUAGAAGCUUAUGGUGAGUCAGGCCACGUGAUUCUUCCCUCCCUGGCCCCGUGGUCGAAGCCUGCCCCACUUGAACCUCGGAGACUGCCACCUGCUGCCAGGGGGCAGAUGUUGCACGAAGGUGCGGUGUGGGUCUUGGGGUGUGGUUGUGGGAACUCCGGGAAAGGGGGCGUUCUGUGGAGUGGUAUAGAAGUCUCCACAGUCCCGUGUUCUGGCCCAGGAUCCCGUGGUAAAAUCUUACUCACUUUACCCUUUUGGGACUCACUUUCAUUAUUUAUCAGAUGAGGGGGUUGAACCAGAAUCUUCUGGGAGGUGCCUGCCGACUCUGACAUGGGGGCUACCUGGGUGUUCGCGGAGGUGUUUCUUAAGCAGAAACUCAGGUCGGGAACGAGCAGGCCUGACUUACGGGAGAGGGGAGGGGCCUUGAAGGAUCUGAGAACAGCUACAGUCCUGUUUUCUGCAGGGAUGCUGUCACCAUCAAUUAGGGCAGGUGGGUGGAGACAGUUUUCCAGGAACUCUUCAGGAGCGAGCGGGAAGGGGCCGGAGAUUGCGUGAAGGUGUCUCAGGAAGGUCACCCAAGUGACAGGGAUUGUGACCUCUGGCUCCCACCAAGGGGCCUGUCUGGAGCUGGGCAGUGUGGGGGUCUUUGCUGUGCCACAGGGGCUGACCUGAGAUGCCACCGUGCUCUAGGGAAGAUGCUCUGUCCUUUGUGGCCCUGAAUCCUUGAGGGAACACGGGCCUACAGGUCCCGUGUCCUGGGCCUUCCCUGAGACGUCUGUUCAGGGUCUGUGCCCCUUGCUGUCAGGAAGUCUUCCUUUAUAUUUAGCCAUUUUUUUCUCAUGUGGUUGUUUAAGCCCUUCUAUUUAAAAAAAAAAAAAAAAAAAAAAAAAAAGACAAGAGAAAAAAAACAAAAAACAAAAACAAAAAUAUCUCCGAGCCGCUUGGUUCCAUUUUAGCUUUUCAGUCUUGAGUCACUGUUUUAAAGGUAGCAAAAGUAAAACACAUGCAGGGAAGCUCAAGGCCCCAGACCCUCGUGGGCUGUUGUGAAAGGCCAGCCCGGGGAUAUGGCGGCCUCUGUCCCCAACGUCCCCCGCUUCUCCAAGGCUGCGUGGGUAGGAGCCCCUGGGGCUGCGGGCACGUGCUGCGCGGGCCGCCGAAUGGAAUGCAGGGUUUUCAAAUUAGCAAUUUGCCUUCAAGACACGAUCCGUGUGCUGCUUUACUGGACACUUACGCUGGGACUCGUAGCUGUGAGCCUGCCCCCUUCCCCACCAGGGUGGGGUGGCAAACAGGGAUUUGGGCCAGGAUUCAGGCAGGAGCCGAACUGAUCCGUGACCAACGUCUUAUGCACACCGUGUGUUGUUUUUGCAGCUCUUUUCAGACUCGCUGGCUCACUUGGUCCUCACACAGCCCUGUGAGGGUCGGUGGUAGGAUCCCCGUGGGUGUUCAAGCUCAGCCUCAGACAGCCCUGCUGAGGUCCGGUUUCUUGUACCUGCUUAAUUUGGGUCACCGCAGCCCCCCCCCCCCCCCCGCCCCCAGGCCCUCCGACUCCAGAUGUCAUUUCCUUGGGUUUCAGUUGUGCUCUUUAGCUGAGCAGGGGGGCAGGGCAGGGAUGGGGAGUGCAUCUUGGGUAGCCGACUUGAUCUCUGUAGGUUGCAGGUUUCUUUUCUACGCAUCGAAUGGGGAAGGGAGCCUCCGCCCAGGUUCUCCUGUUCUUGGAUUGUUUCAACUUCUCUUACGAGGAGUUCUUAUGAAACCUGGCUUGCCCUCCUUGACCAGGAAGCCAGCCAUUCACCAUGUGUCUCUGGUGAGACUCCCUACGUUUGGAAGCUUCUGGAAUAUACGGUGCUCUAGACCGUUCCGACACAUCUGUCGGGCACUUCAGGCAUGUGCAUGUAGCCCUGUUUCUGCCAAGUGGCUCACUUAGAAAUGAAGGCCCAUUGUGGGGCAUUUUUUUUCCAACAGAUUUAUAAGGUAUGCCCAGAGCUUUCUGCCCAGCGUGUGCAUCGUGUAUACGUUAUCUGUUUGCUGGCUAAUUAACAUACAGCACCCGCUGGAAGGAUUGGCCAAUGUAUUCUGUAAGCUGGUGGAACCAGUGGCUUCAGCUCUGAACGUUGCUUUCUGAUCGAGUUGAAAAAGUAGGCCUUACCCACAGAGGGGAAGGUGGAUCAGAGAACGCCUGGGCAUCAGUGUUCCCUGGAUACUGGGCGUAAGCCCACUCUUUAUGAGGAGGGUUGAGGCACAGCCUGGACUGUGUCUUCUGGGCCGCGUGGCCCUCUGAGUGGCCUUUAUUCAGAGAGACCCAGAGCGAGCCUGUAUGAAGGGAGAGAGAAGUACUUGUCUUUGUUUAUGGCACCCUUAACUCGUGAUGGUUGGGCUCACCUCGGGCACGUUUCUUGAAGGAUCGGGGUCGGACAGCGUGGCAGCACGCAUAUGUCUGUCCGUUUGUAUUCCCCGGAUGCAGGCUUGGCUCGUAGAGAAGCCCUGCCAUGGGGAAUCCAUAGAAGAAUUGUUUUGCUGGAGCGAAGGCUUUUGAUAACUUUUGUGUGAAGAUGCGUCACACCACACCCAGAUCUUUCUGUUCUCCUGGAGGAUGGGAAGGAGGAUGGCAGGACCUGUAGCUGGGAAGCGAUCUAGGCCAGCCUUCAGGGAGGGCUGUGGCGGCCUCUUCGCUGAGGGCUCCCAAAGAGACACAGAGCUUCUUUAUCUCAGAAGAGGGACUGGAUGUCCCUGUCGAGGUCCCUCGGGUCCUGAGCGUGUGGGACUGUGAGGCUCUCCCUGGAACAGCGUGAACUUCGGGUACCAGGACCCAGAGCAGAUUGCACAUCUUUUCUUUCUGCCGUGGAGGCAAGCCUAUCCUCGGUGGGCCCCACGAGCAUCGGGCCUGGAGCUCUAACCUUGUUCCCUCGUGCAGAGAGAAUUCCCAGAACUGACCCGAACAGCAUUGAUAUUAUUUGCAAAUAAAAAAAAGGAGAAAGCCAUGUUGUCCCUCAUCGCUGCCAGGAAAGAGCCCCGAGCGGCUCUAAUCCUGUCUUUGUACCACUGCCACUCCCCACCCUUGCUGACCCCCCCAGCCUAGGGCCCUUUGAUAGGCACUAGAGAUGUGAAUGAGUUUGGUGGGAAGGCCAAGGGCAGGGACAGACAUGGUUUGCUGGGAAGAAGGUAGGACAAGGAAAAGGAGUAUCUCAGGGCAGGCCCACGGGCACACACGUGUGUAUUCAGAUGGACAUACUAUUUACUGGUAACGCCAGAGUCUGACAUGAACCAGUUAAUGCCUAAAUGAGGGUUGAUUUCGUGUGGAGAAUCAUACAUCAUUUUGUGUUUCAGUCUGCAGCUUUAGCAUCAAAAGGCCUGACAGGCUGGGGACUUUUCGCUGGGCCCUCCUGUCUGUAAGAUCAUGCUCAUUUUAUAUUGAUUUUCUGUCUCCUUUCUUUCCUGUUUUCCACUCUCAUGCAUUCCUUAGGUGUACAUGAAUAUUUGUCCACACAUUCGUGUUACGACUUCCUUGGGGUACUGUUCUUUUCAGUGUCUCCGACAUCAUUGAAUGUAUUGCUUUUAUUUAAAAUGUGAACAGGCCAGAGGCUCACUGCAGAGGGGAGCCAUCCUUGCACUGCCCACAGAAUCCUCUUCUCCACCUUGUUCUGGAGUAGGGCAUAGACGGGAAUCAAGGGUGUCUGUGGGAACCAGCCAGACCCCGUGCCAUGCCCCCUCUUUGGGAAGGGGUUGCUCAGGCAUGAAUCUCCCACCCCUAACAUUAUUAGCAGUUUCUUCUUUUCAGCUCGAACCCUGAGUAGUGGCCUUGAAAGUCCAAGAACACCUGUCACCCUGCUUAGGUGAGGGCGACAGAGAGGGACGGGGACAGACGGGAAGGGGACACACGCUCCUGGCCACGGGCCUCUCUCCAAGACAGGUGAACUCUGUGUUCCAAAAGGAACUCAUUUAAUCUUUUGGCCCCAAUGGAAGUUGUUUGUAUUUUCUCUCCCUCUCUCUUCUCCCUCCUCUCUCUCUCCCUCAACACCCCCGCCUCCACCCUCCAGCCUCCAAAAGAAUUUAAUCUGCUGGACAACAAACAAUACUGUUAUAAAACUUUGAAAACAAGAGGGUGAGGCCUCCCUGACAAGGAGAAGGGCAUGCCGGGUAACGGCCGAGGGAGCCUGCCAGGCCCGGGACGGAGCCGGGCGAGGGCCCAGUUGGCCGGGUACCUGGGCGCCUGCCCCCACCCAGCCCACCAGCCCAGCCAUCCCCAGUCCAGAGGGGAAGGAACCGAAACAAAAGCAGGGGCAGAGAAGCGCCUGGAAAGGGGAAGUUGUACGUGUUCCCCUCUCUCUGAUCUGAUGCGAGUGCGCCAGACUGUGAAACUUCCUCCCCCACCCCUCCCCCGCCAGCCUCCCUCCCUCCUCGUCCUGCCUCCUCCUGCCUCCUCCCACCACUCUCUGUUCCAGGCCCGAGGCCCGAUAACAGAACAGGGCUGGCCUAGGUACAGCCACCGGCCGGCCGGCCGGCUGCAGGGGAAGCAGGCAAGGAAGGUGUUCCAAGUUGGCUUUGGACUCUGGACGUACCCUCUGCGUCCCCUUCCUGCCCCCAGCUAGAGAUGUGGAGCCACGGUGCGAGGUGUGCCCCAGUCCACGUGCCCCGCCAGGGGUGUGCCCAGCUACCGGGAGAACCUCCGCUCGGAGGUUAGUGGGUCUGUCCCACUACCCGGUGUCUGCCGGAGGCCAUGCUCCCAGGAGGCCGUCAGACUCGUACCGGUGGCCUGCUCUCCCUCCAGAGGGAGCCGGGCUGAGCUGUGGAGCCCUGGAGCCUCCAGAGGGGCUCGGGGGACAGAGACUUGCUCCCCGCAUCAAGCAGGCACAGGGUCCUGGCAGCGGGGUGCCUGGUGGGGUACCGUGUCUGCUGCUCGGGGUGACCCAGCUCCGCCUGGGGAGCAGGCAAGCUGGGCGCUGGGGCAUCGCCCCCCAGCCUUCUGAGUGGAUUUCACCUGAGACCGAAGUUUCGCUGCCACGCCCACCUGCACUGCGUGGAGCACAUGAUUUGGGACGGGAGAGUGAGAAGCAGCGGUGGUCUGCCUUUGGCCCGAGGUUGUUUGGACCCGUGAACCGUGUGGUGGGCAUUGUGUUUGUGUAAUGGACUGUAGGCGUGCUCGCUUUCCUCUCGUGGGAAGCAGUUCAGGGCAGUGCCCGUCCUCCUGCUCUGCCUGAGCGAAGCCUCUCUCUGGGGAAGCGUGGGGGGGCCCCCCCUCUUCAUUCCAUCGCUCCUCCUUCUCUGCGCUCCCCACUGUCCCCUGCUGCCCCCCCCCACGCCCCACAGCACCCCAAGGCAUCCCAUCCUCCCAGCCAGCCGACCAGCCAUCCCGAGCCUGGGCCUGUACUGAAUCUGGAGGAUUUCCAGAUGCGGGUCUUCUCUGGUGUUGAGGCAGGGACAGAGAACUGAACUGGGUGGAAAGCAGCUGCCUGGGAACUCAGGCCGCGGUACCCCGGCCCCAGGGAAAACCGGCAUUGCUGACGUGGGGCCCAUGUGAUAUGAGAAGGCUGUGACCUCCUGCCCUGUUACCUCCACAGGCAUUUGAGGGGCUCGGUGGGUCUAGAGCGUGUUAUUCUCACUUCGGGAUGCCGGGUCUGGGACGUGUAGGGAUGCCUGGGUGCCCCGCCCUUCUUUUGGGGGCCACGCUGCCAGGGAAAGAGCCAGCUCCAUGUUUCCUGCCUCCCUCACCCUCCAUUCCCUCCUCCCUUGCCCCCCGUGCACAUACCCAUACACAUUUUAUCACCCUUUCCUCUGAUUCAUUAACCACAGCUAGUUGGCAACAGGCCCCCACCCUGACAGCUCAAGACAAAAUGUCCAGGACACUGGGUCUGGCCUGGAGCUGAGUGACAGGAAGCUGGGCCGGGCCUCUCGGCUCAUGCAUACAAUGGGCAAGGACCGUGUGGAGUGCAGAACCUUCCUCAUUUUCAAAAGGGUCUUCCCCAGGCCCCUCUCUCUCACCAAGAUGACUCUUCUUCGCUGCCAGGAGCCUGGAAACCAGCAUCCCGGGUAGCAGGAAGACCUGAUCUGGGCUCUGCUUCCGGCACCCCUCCCCCGCGCCGGCUGGAGCUUGCGUCAGUCAUGUAAGUAGCCGUGACUCAGCACCCAGCCUGGUCGGGAGGGAGGCAGAAGACGCCUCCCAGGAACCUUCCCAGCAUUCUGGAUUUGAACACAUGGUGGUAGCUGAACACACUGAACGAGCUGGCGGCCUUCGGUUCCUGGGGGUGCGUGUCUGUCCGUUCCGCGGGUUUGCUUAUAGGUCUCAUAAACCGGGGUUCCUCUCCUUCCCGUUUUCAUCCCGUGUUAUUUUUUGGACCCCAUGCCUGGCAUAGGAUUUUUAGGACUUUAAAAGGCACAGACGGCAUCAUUUCUAGAACGCAGCAGAAGCUCUCUUUGCAGUCUCCAGACUGCCCUUUAAACCGAUGGCCCGUGAAUCAUCUUUAACCCUCAGAUGUUUUUGUUUGACUUACAGAGUUUUCGUUGUUUUUGUUUGUUUGUUUGUUUGUUUAACGUGUCCGAUUCAGACAUGCUUUUAGACAAAACACAGCCUCUCCAGGUCACUGGACCUCUGCUGCACGAGGUCUCUGCCUCUCUGUCCUGUUUCCCACCCCAGCCCUCAAGCAUUUGAAUGCACGGAGACUGGUCUGCAUGAGCCCUCCCUCGUUUUGGAAAAACUGGGGCCCAUUCCAGGGAGGUGCGGGUCCCCCGUUCUCAAGUCUGGGCCGCGCAGGAAUUAAAGCCCCUGUGUUCUGAUUCACUGUGUGGUGACCUUUCCUCCACCCUCGGUCGCUGCCCGGGCAGAGGAGUGUCUAGGCAUGAGGGGGUGGAAAACCCUCCAAAUAGAACGUCUGCACAGAAAUGGACGGAGGCUGCACCGUGCUUCCCAGACCUUCUCCCUGCGUGGUGGCGUACCCAGCUCUCUGGCUGGGCGGUCUCCCUUCCCCGACAGCGCACCAGACCCUUCCCACUGGCCCGUGUGCGUGGGACUGUUGGGCCAGGCUGGGACGAUCACACCGUCCGCCUUUGACAGCAGAGCCCUAGCAGGCUGGGGCCUCCAGCCCCCAUUAGACCACCUGGCCCCGUCCAACAAGGGAACAGAAACACCAGCUAGCUUCAGGUAAGUGCAUCCUUGCUCGAUGGACUUUUGCCAGAAAAGCCUGGUUCCCCUGGGAGGGCUGAGACCCGAGCAGACUCCUGUUCAGUGGGGUUGGGAGGGCAGAAGGUGUUGGUACUAGGAUUACUUACCCCACCCCCACCCCCGCACGCCCCGCCUUUUCUUGUCUUACGGUGUUUAUGUUCAUGUGUUGUGAAUGAUUUCUCUCUUCCUCCAGAGAACUGAGUGUUGUAGACCUCGGUCUGGGGGCCCAGACCCUGGUUCAUGGCCCUCGGUUCCCUCAGUGACGGUUGCCACUCCCCCUCUGAACUCAGGGCCGAUGCUUCCUGGGUAGCGGGAGAGACUGUAAUGAAUCCCCCUGAUGACCACGUGACGUACGUGCGUCCUGAAGGACAAGAACUAGGUGCUGUGAGAGGGCGUAACCCAACACCUGGCUCACCUGGGGAAAGCUUCAGGCGACCUGCGUCACCUGGGAGAGGGUUGAUGGGGUGGUAGCCCUGGGAGAGUGGACGACAGAGAAUGUUCCAGAAAGAGGGAAUGGUGUACACAGAGGCCUGCUAGGGGAGGAAGGAGGCUGUCUGGAUCACUGAAAGACACCUGUGUGACAAUACCUUGGGAAAGGUUUUGUGGAUACUGGCAGUCGGGGGUUACUAAGGAGGAAGAGUUUGGCUGGAGUAAAAAGCAAAAAAGCUGAGAAGUAGCAAAGGUAGAUCUCCAACCCCCUCGUUUUAUAGGACCCCACAGAAAUGACUCUCAUUUACCACUUACUUCCUGACCUUAAAACCCUGGAAGUUAACCUGUGUCGCGGGGCCCAGCUGUUGACUGCAGGUGCCCUGUGUCAGAGCCGCUGCCCAGCUCCUCCCUCAGUGGCUGGGGCCUCGCAGAGCCCCUGGGCUCGGAGCCCAGUGCUGGGGUCAGAAUCCAGAGUCCAGCACAGCCAUUGCUGGUGGUUCAUCUCCAACGCCUCCCCCAACCGCAGCUACGCCCUAGGAGAGCACAGAGGCUCCAGAGGGGCAGGAGGAGUGGGCGAGCCAGCUGGGGGCACCGGGCCCCUCACGGGACCAGCUGGGCUCCCAUCUCCACCAGGUUAAACCUGUUGUGCAGUCAGUCACAUCCACGGCCACGCAGAAACCUUGCCUAGGACUCCCCCCCACCCCACCCUUGCUCACAAUUGAGUUCAAGAACAGAAUGAGAUGAUAGACCAGCCGUGGAGCAGGUGCAGUGGACAGAGGGGCAGGAACACAGACUCUGGAGUUAGACUUGGGGGCUCUCUACCACGUAGUAGUCACGUGACCGUGGCGAGUCACCGAACUACACGAAGGAGCAGUUUCUCCUGCGGGCGCGGGAAUACUGCUUGCUUCACAAGACCGACCCAAUUACAAAGCACACCUCAGUGUUCAAAUUUUAUUUCCUUCUCCUGCCUGCAGCGGCACAUGCUGUUAUUUCCGGGAGCCACAAUAAAUACAGGCCUGGAUCUGGAAGCCUUCAGAGCUGGUCGACAGCCCGAAAGAUCCAGAUUCUACUCUGUCUCCUCUUUCCUUAGUUGUGGCAUCCCAGGAGAUACAGACCUGUUUUCUCAGCUUCCGAUGACCGAAACAAAAGCAAACAAACAAACAAAAAACCCGACACGUUGAGGAGAUGGGAAAUCUAAUUUGAACACAGGAUGCAAAUCUUAUUUUCAGACACAUUUUUGAAAACAGCACAAAACUCGGUCCUUGUGUUAGAGGAUUAUCUACUUAACACCGCUUCAGGACACGACAUUUUUGUGUGCGUGUCACAGCAGAGGUUAAACAAAGAUUGCUAACGUUGUGACCCUUACUUGAGGCUGGGAAGGUGGACCCCAGGCUCUUCCUGAAUAGGGCGCAUCAGGAGUUGCCCCCGAGCAGGUGAAACUCACCUGGCUCGAACCUCCUAGGCAGAUAGGACGCUUGUUUCCUGAUGACGUGACAUAGUAUCAGAAGACACUGCGUGCUGUGAGAUGUUUUCGAGAGCAGGGGGCGAUGCUAAUGAAAACGUUCACGCGUUUUCAUAAUAGCUCUGGGAUACUUCCCUCCAUCACAUGUGUAAUAAACUGUUAGGACUGGUUGUCCAGGGUCAACUAGGCUCCAUGAGUUUUGUAUUGCUACCGUCUGUGUGACGCGUCAGCCGCGACUUUCACAUUCCUUGAGCUUCCCCGGCUAGGUCCGCUCUGUGCCUCUCUCACGGACCGCGAUGUUCCGCCCCAAGUGGAACUGCAAGAAGACAGGGCAGCACCUGGGUCUUCCGGUUGUGUCUUCCUUCUUUCUUCAAUGAGAUCCUCUUCUUCUGGAAGCUGGUUUCACAUGGUGGCUUAGAUUUUUCCAUCUUUGUAUCUAGCACCAUUUGAAAUCAGUGUUUUAGGAGUAAGAAUUGCGGCGCAGCAAAGGGCCACCUGCAGAGGAGCUCUCGCUGGUGGGACAGAGCCCCUCCUUCUGCCGCCUGAGCCGGUCCAAGAGAGGAAGAACUUGAAAAGGAAAAGUGCGCCGCAGCGUAUGUCCGUUGCGGGUUGUGGAGGGGCGGCCGUGCGGGGAGGGUGUUUGUGUUUCAAAGAAACUCCGAGCUGGAGCAGGGGGCCGAGGUGAUGCCUGGUUGUAGCACCUGGGAGCACCACCGGGCGUUCACCUGUCCGUAGGGCCUCUGACCGCGGGGACCAGGCGAUGCCGGCUCCUCCGGUACUCGAUUGUAGCGGGGGAGGGGCGAGGCUGUGUGCCUGGAGGACGGUUCCAUCCCCAUCGGCGUUGCACCCGCUCCUAGAGGCCCCGGAACACCCAGCUGCACUUGCAGUGCGGCUGGAAUCAGACUUGCCACCUGCACGGUCAAGUGCCGGACCCCCGGGAGCACCACCGGACCCAUCUCUUACACAGGCUGACCGAUUUCUCCUGGUGUUCAGAGUCUGUUUUUGUCUAGCACCAUUUGAAAUCGGUUAUGAUGUAGGGGGAAAAGCAGCAGCCUCGAAACCUCACGCCAAGUCUGGUGAGCAACAGCCUCUGUUCUCCUGGAAGACGUGGUCUCCCGGAAGACGGAUGGGCAGAAGGUGGGGAAGGACGAUCACGCUUUUUUCACUAACUUCUUUCACUGCAUUAAUGAUACAUUAUUGCGGAGGUAAGAGAGAAUUGAAUGCAGUUUUACAAACAAAUCGCUGUAACCUAUCUGAUGUCCUCAGUCGCAGUUUGCUAAAAUGUGGCAAUGCUGUGUAUUCUGUAAAUGGCUGCUGUUGAAUUCUCUUUCUGUUAAGAGUCUAUUCAUGCAUCUUGACCUGAAUAAAUAUUUUACUCUCUUCAA